AUGGGGAAGCUGAUAAGGAUGGGGGCACAGGAGAGGCGGCUGCUCCGGCCAAAGAGGCUCCACUGGAGUCGCCUCCUCUUCCUCCUGGGAAUGCUGAUCAUUGGUUCCACCUACCAGCACCUGCGGAGACCCCGAGGCCUCCCCUCACUGUGGGCCGCAGUUUCUUCGCAACAGUCUGUGAAACUGGCCAGCCGGGACCUCCCCAGUGAGGAGCCGAUGGCGAUGAGCAGCGAUCCUCCAAAAGCAAGUUCCGAAAUAGAGGGUGAGAUGCUGACGCCCCAAGCCACCGUGGGCAGGGCUGACACCACACCAAGCACGACAACAGAGAAUGCCCUCAGUGUGUCCCAGAGAACAGCCGAGAGUAUUCCAACCACAGCCAGGAAUAAUGACAGCCCCACAGCAGCAGGGACAGAAAGAAUGACAGAAAACACCCCAACCACAUCUAGUAGAACACUGAAUCACUAUUCCCCCAUGACAGGCAGACAGAGAGUAAAACAUUAUACCCCAACACCUGGGGGAGAGAUGGUGAGCUACGGCCCAACACGAGUCAGGGAAGACAUGAGGAUGCACACUCCACGCCCACUUGGCGGGAUCACAGACACGCAUGCCCUGCCUACAUCCAUGACAGAGGAGACAGGUCAGGCCGUCACCCCCAGGACAGCAGAGACAGCAACCUAUGAGAUAGUGGAAACCAACUCCCAUAGAAUAAUGGGAGAGAUCACCCCAACUGCUCUCCAGGGGGUGGUUGGUCGCACUCCAAUUUUCCUGACACAUGAGGUAGAAACAAACAUCUUGACUUCUCCGAGGAGUACAAUGGAAAAGAACACCCUGACCAACCCCCGAAGAGUUGAAAGCCCCUCAACCCAACCCUGGAGGUUAGUAGGAAAGGACCACCUAACGACUCCUCAGGGAACACUUCUGGACACCCCAGCCAUGUCUGAGGGGCAGGUGACAGCAGCCACUGUGAAAGGAAGCAGCCCAUCAGAAAUCAGAGCCGCCACUGUGGCCUGGAGUGUCAGGAGACCCUGGCCCAGAGCCAGCAUGUCCAUGGCCGGGACAGCCCCAGUCACAGUUGGGAGGCUGGCAGAGAAAUCCUCCACUGCACCCAGCACUGCAGCACCCCCCACGGCUGGGGCCAGUCCCCCAACCCGGGUGCCUCAAUGUGUGGCACCCUGCCUGAGCCUGCCCACGGCCCCGAGCCCAGAUGCGCCCAGUGCCAGGCCCUCAGCAUGGCCUCCUGCCCUUCCAGAUCUCCAUCCCAAGGCAGAGUACCCCCCAGACCUGUUUAGCGUGGAGGAGCGGCGGCAGGGCUGGGUGGUCCUGCACAUCUUUGGCAUGAUGUAUGUGUUUGUGGCCUUGGCCAUUGUCUGCGAUGAGUACUUUGUCCCGGCGCUGGGCGUCAUCACGGACAAGCUGCAGAUCUCCGAGGACGUGGCAGGUGCCACAUUCAUGGCUGCAGGUGGCUCAGCCCCCGAGCUAUUCACCUCCCUCAUCGGUGUCUUCAUCUCCCACAGCAAUGUGGGCAUUGGCACCAUCGUUGGCUCAGCUGUGUUCAACAUCCUCUUUGUCAUCGGCACGUGCGCCCUUUUCUCCCGGGAGGUCCUCAACCUCACCUGGUGGCCUCUGUUCCGUGAUGUCUCCUUCUACAUACUGGACCUGAUGAUGCUCAUCGCGUUCUUCCUGGACAGCCUCAUCGCCUGGUGGGAGAGCCUGCUGCUGCUGCUGGCUUACGCCUUCUACGUGUUCACCAUGAAGUGGAACAAGCAGAUCGAGCAGUGGGUGAAGGAGCAGCUCAGCCGGCGGCCCGUGGCCAAGGUCAUGGCCUUGGGGGACCUCAGCAAGCCGGGCGAUGGGGCCGUCGCGGUGGCUGAGCUACAGGAUAACAAGAAGCUGAAGCUCCCGUCCCUGCUGACCCGAGGGAGCAGCUCGACCUCUCUGCACAACAGCACCAUCCGCAGCACCAUCUACCAGCUCAUGCUCCACAGCCUGGACCCCCUGGGGGAAGCUCGCCCCUCCAGGGACAAGGGGUCUGAGGAGGGCUUGGCUCCAGAGGCUAGACCCCAGCCCCAGGCCAAAGAAAACAAACCAGAGGAGGAACCGGCCGAGCUCCCUGCAGUCACGGUCACACCAGCGCCUGCUCCAGAUGGCAAGGGAGAUCAGGAGAAUCCAGGCAGUCAGGAAGACAUGACUGGAGCUGCGAGCACAGGUGAUGUGACAGGCGAAGGGGGUGACACUCCUGGUGAGGGUCAAGCUGGAGAGAAAAGUGGAGGUGGAACUCAAGCAGAAGGAGAAGGUGGACAUGAAGGUGAAGGAAGAGGAGAUGAAAGUGAAGGUGAAAACGGAGGAAGAGGAGAUGGUGGACGUGAAGAUGAAGAAGGAAGAGGAGAUGGACAUGCAGGUGAAGGUGAAGGAAAAGGAGAUGAGGGUGGAAAUGAAGAUGAAGCAGAAGGCCAAGACCUCAACACUGAAGGUCAAGGUGAAGUCAAGAAUGAUGCAGAAGGUGAAGGGGGAAGUGAUGGAGGUGACAAUGACGAGGAGGAUGAGGAUGAUGAGGAGGAUGAGGAUGACGAGGAGGAUGAGGAGGAGGAGGAUGAGGAUGAGGAGGAGGGUGGCGAGGAGCCCCUGUCCCUGGAGUGGCCUGAGACCAGGAAGAAGCAGGCCAUCUACCUCUUCCUCCUGCCCAUCGUGUUCCCACUGUGGCUGACGGUGCCUGAUGUGCGGAGGCUGGAGGCCAGGAAGUUUUUUGUGCUCACCUUCCUGGGAUCCAUCCUGUGGAUAGCCAUGUUCUCAUACCUCAUGGUGUGGUGGGCUCACCAGGUUGGUGAGACCAUAGGGAUUUCUGAAGAGAUAAUGGGUCUGACCAUCCUCGCAGCAGGCACAUCCAUUCCUGACCUUAUCACCAGUGUGAUUGUUGCACGGAAGGGCCUGGGGGACAUGGCCGUGUCCAGCUCUGUGGGCAGCAACAUAUUCGACAUCACUGUGGGCCUGCCUGUCCCGUGGCUGCUCUUCUCCCUCAUCAACGGAUUGCUGCCUGUCCCGGUCAGCAGCAACGGCCUGUUCUGUGCAAUUGUCUUGCUCUUCCUCAUGCUCCUGUUUGUGAUCUCGUCCAUCGCGUCGUGCAGGUGGAAGAUGAACAAGCUCCUGGGCUUCACCAUGUUCCUGCUUUACUUUGUGUUUCUGAUCAUCAGCGUGAUGCUGGAAGACCGGAUCAUAUCCUGUCCUGUGUCUGUCUGA